AAAAAGAAAGAAAAAAAGAAAGAAAAAAAGAAAUUCUCUUUCACUCAAAUUCAAGAUGUUAACAAAAUCCAUUCAAUCAUUGUUUCUUCUUCUCAUUAUUUUCAUCUCUUCAUCACAACAUGCAAAUGCAUAUCCAUUAUCAACACAAUCAAGAUGGAUCAUAGAUGAAUCAACAAAUGAAAGAGUGAAACUUGUUUGUGGAAAUUGGGCAGGUCAUCUUCAACCAAUGAUCCCUGAAGGACUUGAUAGAAGACCUUUAAAGGAACUUGUUGGUGAGCUUGUCAAGAACAAAUUCAAUUGUGUUAGAUUAACUUAUGCAAUUUAUAUGUGGACAAGAUAUGAACAUGAUAUUGUGAAUGUUACUUUUAGUCAUUUGGAUGCACCUGAAGUUGUGGAUGGUAUUACUAAGUAUAAUCCUUCAAUUUUGAAAAUGACUCAUAUUGAAGCUUUUGAUGCUGUUGUGAAUGAACUUGGUAAUCAGAAUGUUAAAGUUUUGCUUGAUAAUCAUGUUAGUGAACCUAAAUGGUGUUGUCAUGAUGAUGAUGAGAAUGGAUUCUUUUUUGAUAGACAUUUUGAUCCUCAAGAAUGGAUUCAAGGACUUACUUUGGCAGCGCAACACUUUAAGGCACAUCAUGCUAUUGUGGCAAUGAGUUUGAGGAAUGAAUUGCAUGGUCCACGCCAAAAUCUAAAAGAUUGGUACAAGUACAUGAGCCAAGCAGCACUAGCAAUCCAUAAAGCAAAUCCAAAUGUACUUGUGGUUAUCUCAGGUUUAAACUAUGACACUGAGUUACAAUUUUUAAGGAAAAAACCAAUGAACAUAAACUUGGGACAAAAAAUGGUGUUUGAGACACAUUUGUACUCAUGGUCUGGAAUUGGAACACUCAAAUUGAAAGAGAUUUGGUCUAAGCAACCAUUGAAUAGAAUUUGUGCAAAUAGCAUUAGAGGUUUAGAUCAAAGAGCUGGAUUUCUUACUACUGGUGUGAAUGCAGUUCCUUUGAUCAUGACUGAGUUUGGAUUUGAUCAAACAGGCUCUACAGUUGAAGAUAAUAGGUUCUUGACAUGCCUUCAAACAUAUCUUGUUGGAAGAGAUUUUGAUUUUGGUUUGUGGGCUUUUCAUGGUAGUUAUUAUGUUAGAGAAGAUAAAGUUCAACUUGAUGAGACUUUUGGUCUUGUUGAUGCUACUUGGCAUAAGCUUAGAUAUCCUAAUUUCACUGAUAAGUUCCAACUUUUGCAAAGGAAGAAUCAAGAUCCUACAUCCAAACUCUCCAAUUCAUAUAUCAUGUACCACCCUCUUACUGGUAAAUGUGCACAAGUGAAUAAUAACAAUCAACUUGAAAUUGGAAGCUGUGAGAAUCAAAAGAGAUGGACUUAUGAUGGUUCAAAACUCCUUUUGAGUGACACUAAGAAGUGCUUAACUGCUUCCGGCGAAGGGCUUCCGGUUUCUGUUUCCGAUGCUUGCCAUAGAAGCAACAGUUCAUGGAGAACUGCAUCACUUUCUAAGCUCCACUUGGCUACUUUUGAUCAAUAUGGCAAACAACUUUGCUUGCAUAUGGAUUCAAAUUCAUCUGUUGUUGUCACUUCAAAAUGUAUCUGCAUCAAUGAUGAUUCUCUUUGUCUUGAUGAUCCUCAAAGCCAAUGGUUCCAACUUGUUGCUACCAAUGUUUAAUUUGAGUUAUGAAUUGGUUGAAAGAAAAUUUAUCUUUAUUGUUCUUUUUUAUUGAAUAGAUCUA